UAUUUCUAUGGAUCCUUUCGCGUUGGAUUAUUUACAUGGUCCAUCUCACGUUCCCACCCGUCUCCCUAAGAGCAACUCCAACAGUAGUUUUAUCCAACUAGCUAAAUUUAGUGUUCGUACUCUUUUUAAAAAAAUAAUAAAACCUCCUAAAAGUAUGGACCAAACCAACAGAAUAGGUAAUCUAGACCCUCUAUAUUUUUAAACUUCCUUCACGUCAUAAUUUUCUUUUCUUUUGUUAAUCCAAUCGCGAAACAAAAUUCCGGCCUGGUGAUAGCCGCUGCCGCCGCCGCAUACAAAUACAACACAUGCUGAUCGGCUUGGUGAUUGAAUCUCCAAGCCGUAAAUGUUGCACGUCGGUGAUCGCCUGGUGGUGGACUGGUGGUAUUCACGCUGCACGUCGGUGAUCGCAUUCCAGUGAAUUCACGCCAUAUUGCCUGCCCGGGACGAGGGAAAAUCAACGCUUAAAGUAUGGGUUCAGAUGAUGAAUUCAAUCAGUUUGUAAUGGAUGAAUUGAUGCAUUCCUCAUCGGAUGAUGAGCAAAGAGUAUUUCGUGCUGCCACACAUAUAAUAGUUGAGGAUUCCCUUAAUCAUCCGGGUCGAAUAGGUUCUAUCAAGGGACAUGACGUACUUGAUCGUGACAGACUGAUGUGGCACAACCUUCUUUUUAAGCAUUAUUUCUCAGACAAUCCUACCUUUGGACCGAAGGUUUUUAGACAGAGGUUUCGGAUGAGGCGGCAUGUUUUUUUGCGUAUACUGAAUGUUGUUGAGGAACAUGACAACUAUUUCGUGCAGAAGAGGAAUGCAGCUGAUACUCUAGGAUUAUCUUGUGUGCAGAAGGUCGUAGCGGCAUUUUGGAUGUUAGCUUAUGGAGGAGCGACUGAUGCUUUGGAUGAGUAUAUUCGUAUUGGUGAGAGUACUGCUCUAGAAGCUUUGAGAAAGUUUGUUGUAGCUGAUAUUGAGGUCUUUGGACCAGAGUACAUGGGAUUGCCUAAUGAACAAGAUACUGCUAGAUUACUUGCAAUUAGAGCGAGUAGAGGUUUUCCUGGUAUGCUUGGGUCCAUAGAUUGUAUGCAUUGGAGCUGAAAAAAUUGUCCGACUGCAUGGCAUGGUAUGUACAAGGGUCAUAAGAAGGAGCCAACAAUCAUACUGGAAGCAGUUGCUUCUAAAGAUCUCUGGAUAUGGCAUGCAUUUUUUGGUAUGCCUUGUUCCCACAAUGACAUCAACGUGCUUCAGAGAUCGCCUGUAUUUGCACGGCUUCCUGAGGGGGAAGGUCCACAAGUUAAUUACAACAUCAAUGGAAAUGAUUAUUCCAUGGGCUAUUAUCUAGCAGAUGGUAUAUAUCCGUCAUGGGCCACUUUUGUGAAGACCAUUCCAGAGCCUCAAGGUAAUAAAAAGAAAAAUUUUGCCAAAGCACAAGAAGCAUGUAGAAAAGAUGUUGAAUGAGCAUUUGGGGUUCUACAAUCUUGCUUUACUAUUGUUCGUGGACCGGCUCGUUUGUGGGAUGAAGACACACUUGGAAAUAUUAUGAUGGCUUGCAUCAUAAUGCAUAACAUGAUUAUCGAGGACGAGAGGGAUGAACACAAUAAGGAAUAUGAUUGCAACUAUGAUGACAUGGGAGAAAAUAUGACAGUUUCUCACGAUAAAGCACCAGAACUUGAUGCUUUCAUUCAAAAUUACAAGAACAGUAAGGACAAGGAGACCCACACUCGACUUCAAGCGGACCUAAUCGAGCACUUGUGGCACAACCAUUUAAAUUUAUACGAGAUUGAUUAGUGCAGACAGAUUUUAUGAGCUCAAUUUAAUAUUUAUUCUAGAACAUGAUGGCAUAUUUGUUUUUGUGAUUUAUGUUUAGCCCCAUUUUCAGUUAGUAACAAGUUGGGUUUCCUCAACUCUUAAUUAAAGACAAUUAAAUAGUAUUCUGAACCGUAUCAGGAAAAAAAGGAUUUUUUUGGCUGCAAAUGUCAGCCUAAAAGGAAGAUGUAAGUUAGUUAGGAGAUCAACAUUUUUGAAACUGAGAGACAAUGUCUUGUAC